UUGUUUGUUUAUCUUAAGAAUUACAAAUUGUUGUGCAACUGAUUAACAAUAGACACAGACACUUGAGAUACGUCUGAAAGCUAUCUGGUCUAACUAACCGAGAUAGUAGCCUGUACAACCGGUCUGAACAGCAAUACCUAUCGACUGGUAAGGCGUUAGCUGGCUAGCUGUCGUGGAGGGUUGAACUGUGGAGGUGACAUUGAAACGUUACUUAGCAAAGGUAAACUAUAGAGAAACUAAGCCAAACGUGUAAACGGGGCCUUGCCAGACGGAGAGACAGAAAGGAACAAGGAGAAGUAGAAGAGACGAAAGGAGGGGUGUAUAGGGUUCCGUGGUUGACGGCUGAAGGACUGGACAGUCAGCAGAGAGCAUGCCUACCGACCGUGAGCCUGGUGCCACAGCCAAGCUGCUACAGCUGCUUCUGCUCUCGACUUAUUGGGGAAUGCAGAUUUGGGUCACCUUCAUCUCAAGCUUCGUGAUGAACAACCACCUGAACAGACAUACCUACGGGUUCAUCCAGUCUCGCCUGGUGCCCUUCUACCUCCACCUGGGCUCCGCCUGUGCCUUCUUCAACCUCACCAUCUACGCAGUCUACCAUCCCAGUGACAUGUUGGACGAGAGGGAAGCCUUUCAGAUCUUCAUCUUCUUCGUGUGUGUGACCGUAGCCGCUGUGAACGCGCAGUGGUUCGGACAGAUGACGUCAGAGAUCAUGGCCGACAUGCACCUCAUCGAGCAGGCUUGCGGCUUGGGCCAAGACAUCGGCCUUUCGUCCAAUAGGGAGGCGUACGCCAAGCUGUGCGAGACGGAUGUGAAGUACGACCAUCUUAGCGGUCGUCUGUGGUUGUACAGGUUCCUGUCCUCCCUCUGCAACAUCUGCUGCAUAGCCUGCAACGCUUACAGCAUUUUCCACAUGGCUGAAAACCUUAUCACUCUAUAACACAAAUGCACCCUCCAAACUGUCAAUCCCCCCCCCCCCCCCCUGUGGUCAGAAACUCUACACCCCCUGGCCAGCAUUUCACACGAGAAAAGGGGUUGUGUUUAUGUCAAAGCUUUGUUAAUUGAGUUCGAAAGGUUGUUGAUGCUUGCUCAUAUGAUACGACUACUUCCUCUACUGGCUUGGAAAUACAUGUCUUCUGUUGCUCAGCGAUGGCUGUGGCGCUUUUUAAAGUGAAACCAAAGGUUUCUGUUGAGUUUCUGUAGCCGUGUGUACACAGAUAGGAGUGAGUGUAGGGGUUCCGGUUGAGAACAGACAACCAUAAUUAACUGUAGUUCUUCUUGUGCCUCACCUUUCACCUGGACUCUGGUUGCCUCCUCUCCUGCCCUUCACGUGCACUCGAGAGCUUUGAUGUGGGUCACUGUGUGUAAAGGUUGUUUGUGCGCGCGUGUAAAACUAUGCAAGGAGGUGAUGGUGUGGGUUGAGCACACAGGGUGAUUGCUGGUGCUCUUUACUUGAGCAGUCACAGUGAAUUCUCUUUUAUAACGCGUAGCAAUGCAGUUUCUUUUUUAUGAGCGUCUGUCCCCUGGGCAGUUUGAAUAGGCACAUAGGUUCUCCUAUCCCGUGUUUCCUGUAAGGCCGGUUUACAGUGUCGCGUUUGGGACCAGGUAUUCAGAGGUAUUUCUGCUACCGUGGAACACAGGUGUCGCCAAUAGAAAUGGUCGAGGUUCCUGCCGCUAGCGAUCCUGCUGACCUUGUUGCAACCUGGUCUUACCGCCUGUGUUUCCGGGCUGCAGUUGUGUUACUAAGCCACUGCUUCAGCUUCUUCCUGUAGUUGAACACCACCCCUCCCUCCCCUCCCUCCCCCUGACACAACAGUGGGCGCUUCCAUUCAUGAACGUGUGGUAUGUGUGGAUGUGUGGUAUGUGUGGAUGUGCUAACAUCACAAUGCAAUCACGAAACUCGAAUAGUACCCUGGUCACUUGAUGAUUUCUAAUACUAUUCUGUCACACAGUUAUUUAUUUAUCUCUUGAAGAGAUUAGCUUUUGAUCUUCACCGUAUGCAGCCUGUUUUGGUUCAGUCACGGAGAUUCUUGAAAAUGCAACUGAUCAAUGUAAUGGUACCCUGGUUCAGAUCCUGGUUCAGAUCCUGGUUCAGAUCCUGUCAGCUCACAAUAUGUGCCAGUCUUCUGUCAUGUCUGCUAAUGACAUUUCAUAUCGAUGAGUGAAAUGAAUGACUAGCUAUUUGAUAGUUUUAUAUUUGCCUAUGAAUAAUAAUUCAUUUACAGUUGUUUAUGGUAUUUAAGUAUUUGUUAUGUCUUUUGUGUCUUGUAAUUGUAUACCGUGUGAUUAUUAAGGGCUUACUGUUUUAAACAAGUGAUGUAUUCUGUAGAAUGUCAAUCAGAUGCCUCUCAGUGUAACAGUACUGUUUGUAUGGGAGCUAAUGAACUGUUUUAUUACGUGUCUAAUGUGGGCGUGGGUUUGUAAUGAUCUUGUGAGACUUGGGUUGCUUUUUGUAUCAAAUAAAUGAUUGAAUGGA